GUGCCAGCGAUAUCGAGCGGGUCCUGGCCGCCUGCUGCGAGCAGGGAGACGCCGUGGUGCAGGCGGCGCGGAAGCUGCUCUCCGACGAGCGGGCCCCCCGGAGGCAGAGGCUGCUGGCGGAUCUCAUCCACAACCUGAGCGAGAACGCUCUGGCCGAGGACAAGGAGGACGACAAGAAAUGGUUCGAAGGUCUAGAGUCUCGUUUUAAGAACAAAUCAAGCUACAUGCGAUACAGUUGCGAGAGCAGAAUGCGAAGCUACAUGAAAGAGGUUAGUAGUUUUACUUCAAGCGUUCACCUGACAGCAAGAGAUACGUAUAAAAGGAUAAUUGACCUGAUGGCAGAAAAACUGAGGUCUGUGAAAUACAACGGCUGCUACUUUGACCGAAGAGAGGAGGAGGAGGCAGCCCGCCUGUGCACCACGGAGGGGUGGUUCUCUUGUCAGGGACCGUUUGACAGGGAUGACUGCCCCUGUAAGCAUUCCAUCAACCCUUACAGUAACAGGGAAAGCAGAAUCCUCUUCAGUACCUGGAAUCUCGAUCACAUAAUAGAGAAGAAGCGUGCUGUUGUCCCAGAACUGGCAGAAGCUGUCAAAACACGGGACGGACGAGAAGUGAACUGGGAAUACUUCUAUCAGCUGCUAUUUACCGUGGAUAACUUAAAACUUGUCCAUAUCGCUUGCCAUAAGAAAACCAAUCAUAAUCUCAGCUGUGACAAAACUAAAAUCUACAGAAAAAGGAAGCAAAACCACAAGAUUUCAUAG